AUGGAGUUGGAAAACCAAACAUACCCGGAAUCUCCUAUGGAGCAGGAUGAAUCGUAUCCCUGCAAAGGCUGUGGAGAGGUGGGUACAACGCGAAUGGGCACGAGAAUGGCGCUGAUGGACACAAACAGACUCUGGAAGAAGGAAAAGCGUUUGAGCUUGGUAACUGGAAACCGGUGGCACAUCGAUUGUUUCCGAUGCAGUACCUGCAGUACCCUUCUUGACUCGGAUGCGCACCUCCUCCUCCUGGGUGAUGGCUCCCUUAUUUGUAGCAACUGCACCUACAGCUGCAGCUCCUGUAACAACAAGAUUGAAGACCUGGCGAUCUUGACAGGAGACCAAGCGUUUUGCGCGCAGUGCUUCAGAUGCCGCAACUGCAAGAGGAAGAUCGAGAACUUACGCUAUGCGCGUACAUCCCAAGGAAUCUUCUGUAUGGAGUGCCAUGAAUCCUUGAUGGCUAGGAGGAGGAAACGAAAAGCAGGCGGCAGUAGUGGGAAGAAACCGGCCGGGCCCAACGUGAAGCUGGAUAAAUCUUUGCCCUCACUGCCUCCACAUCUGAUGGAGGAAGCGCAAGUAGCGGAUGAAUCACCCAGUGAAUAUACAGGGACGCCAGACCCUAAUCAAAUGGCCGACACGCCAGACCUGGAGGAUCGACCAGAAAGCUCAAGGUCCAACCAGGUUGACACAGAUAACCUCAUCCUCCCUUCCAGCACAUAUCGCAGUAGUCGUCACUCGAUGGCCCGCAAUACCGAUGCCGAUGGGGGUGAACUAUUGAUUCCGCUUGCCUUUGAUCCCUCCGCAGAAGGUCGCUCUUCCCGUGGCCAUUCGCAGACACGGCAGGAGCCCCGACAGGACUACUUUGGCCAGGUCCGAUCCGAGGAAUCUUCCCAUCCAACAUCCCGGGACGGGCGUGAAUAUUUGCAGGAACCUCCUUCUCGAACCUCGUCCGAGAACCCUUCGCCCCAUAUUGCUUACCAGGAAAAGAAUUGGGAACGAAACGAGGGCAAUUCGCCCGACAAACCACAAACCCUGGACUCGUCCAAGUUCAAGGAGAGCUCUACCCGCACUUCAUCUGACAUCCCACCCAGCCUCAGGGAGACGAGUAACCUCUCUGGGGCCACCAGUGCCGACAGCAGGCCCAGGGAUAUGGUCAAUGAGACAAAACGACCGGCCCCAUUAGAAAGUGUGACCUCGGCCCCGGCUCGUCCAUCGAGCGAGCUUCGUCGUUUGCACGAUCACGGAUCAAGGGAAUCGACGCAUUCCCAGUCUUCUGGUAUCCCCAAUCUACCGAAACGUGGAGAUUCGCUCGAGGGGAGACAUCACCAGAUUCCCAGGAAGGAGGUUGGAGCCUCGCCCGCAUCAUCUCACUACGGGGACUCCCCCGUGCUCCGGAGCGAUACAUUCGAGCAACCGAGCCACCCAACACAGCUGAAGACAUCCAAUCUAGAUUCCUCCGCACCGGAGGGCGCCGGUUCACCGUCCUUGUUACGUUACCACAGUGGUGGUGAUUUCUCAAUGGACGAGGAAUUGUCGCGCAUUAUCAACCAAGAUGAAUCAGCCGGUCCAGGGGGCGAUUCUUUCCUAAGGCGCGUCUCCCAAUCUGUCCGCCAUGGCCGGAGCUUCAGUGAGAAGAGCGUGCGUACAGGCAAAAGCGAAAAGAAUCCGCGGUCCCCUGGCGGGGGAAGCAUUGCCGGCACCGAUGUUGGCAGCCCAAUCGCCAGUUCCCAGAGCGAGGAGAUUUCUUGGCUUCGAAACGAACUCCGCAAGGAACGUCAGCGGGUCGCAGAGUUGGAGGCAGCCGCCCGUGCCACCGCCGAUGUCAAACAAGUCAACACCGAGCUUUCCGAAAAGCGAUCCACCAUGGUUGUCCUUGAUGCGCAACGCGAGAUUGUGCUUCGUGAACUGACAGUGCUCACUGAUCACAUGGAAGCCGAGAAGCGCGGCGGAACUAGCGGACCAUUGGAUCUCGGGAAAUUGUCAAACCAUGUCCUGCGUGAGCUGGCAGAGUCCAUCCAAAAGCUCAAGGAAUCAUAUGCCCCACAGAUUGAGGGUCUGAUUCAGAAGCGCAAUGACCUGUCCGACGAACUCGAAGAGAUGAACAUUAAAAAGGAGAAGACUUUCCAGGAGUUUGAGCAGCUUUCUUCUAAGAAUGCCCAACUGGCAGAGCUAAAUAACCAACUAGUUCACCAAAUCCAAGAGCUCUACAAAGCCACAGAAGGUCAACCGCGACCGGACGGCUUGGGCAUCUCUCACAACAAAGAGAAGUCAAGGACUUCCAUGGAAGUCGUGAAGCCUGCCUUUAAUGAUCUCCACCCGUCGGUCGUCUCAACUGCCCAUAUUCACGAAGACUCGGAGCCUGCUACCGCCACCGUUGUCCCCGGCCCUCAGGUCGUCAGUAUCCGAAAGGGACAGCCUCGCAAGUUCAACUGGAAGAAGGGCGGCCAAAACGUUGCGAAGGGUGUCAAAGGCCUAAAAGGAGCCUUCCUGGGAAGUGAAGGCCAAGAGGGCGGCGGCAGCUUACCCCGUUCUCAAACUCAAGACCCUAGCCGUCAAGGAUUUGGAUUCUUCGGAAAUCAAAGGAGCAAGACGGGUGGAAAGAUGUCACAAGCUGACAGCGUGCCUGUUUUGGCAGAUGUUGCCUCCAGUACUGGCACUAGCUCUAGCAGUCUCUUUGGCGUUGACCUUGAGGUUCGAAUGGAACAUGAGAAGAGUAUCAUUCCUUUCAUUGUCACACGGUGUAUCCAAGAAGUUGAAUUGCGAGGAAUUGACAUGGAGGGUAUUUACCGAAAAUCUGGCGCCGCCUCCGUUAUCCAAACAAUUCGUGAAGGCUUUGAGCGCUCUCCAUUCGAUUACGAUAUCUCUGACCCCGACCUCGAUAUUCACGCCGUCACGUCUACUCUGAAGCAGUAUUUCCGAAAGCUGCCCAACCCUUUGAUCACGUACGAGGUUUAUGAGCUGGUCAUUGACUCGGGCGAAGUCAAUCCGGUCUCCGCGCGAAUUGAGUUACUCCAGAAGAGCCUGCUCGAAUUACCUCCCGUGCACCGCGAUGUCCUGGAGUUCCUCAUCUUCCAUCUCAGACGCGUCGUUGAGCGCCAUGCCGAGAACUUGAUGACCUUCCAAAAUGUCGCAGUGGUCUUCGCGCCGACUAUCAUGCGACCCGAGAGCCUUGCCCGUGAAAUGACCGACGUUCAAAAGAAAAACGACGUGCUCAAGUUCCUGGUGGAGAACUGUCAUGAAAUCUUCAUGGGCAUGCAGGGCUAA